AUGAGAAUCGAGCGCCCCGAACUGCUCUACCCUGACCCUCCAACAACACACCACCACGACCUCGCAUCAUUUCUCGCAUACGCAAAUCGCACUGGCCUCGACGUUGCAUCGACAGUCUAUGUCGGAACACUCUAUGAGUACACAGUCUCUGCAACCCUCUCACAGUACGGCAUUCAGGCCGUCCGGGUAGGCGGAGCCUCAGACAACGGCAUCGACCUCCUCGGUACAUGGGACGUACCCUCUCAGAAUGAACCUCUCAAGGUCAUUAUCCAAUGCAAAGGAGGCGCCCAGCGCGCCGGCCCCUCGCUAAUCCGGGAGUUGGAGGGCUCCUUCAUCGGCGCCCCGGUCGGCUGGCGCGGUGCCGGCGUUAUCGCAUUCCUAGUCAGCGAGAAGACGGCGAGCAAGGGCGUGCGGGAGGCUUUGGGGCGGGGUCGCUGGCCGAUGGGUUUUGUCUCGUGCUCCAGCAAUGGGAUUGUGCGGCAGAUGCUCUGGAACCAGCAGGCGGAGGAGGAGGGGUUGAGAGGAAUGGGGGUGACCAUGCGCCAUGCCGAGGCUGGAAACGGCGAGUCGCAGAUUGUUCUGACCUACAACGGCAAGCGAGUUCCCAGUAUUUCCAAGGCAGAGGUGCCGGGGGCUUGA